AUGCCGAUGGACGACUGCAAGAAAUGCCUUCCAUACACGGAGCACUCCCCAGACACAAGCGCCAAGCGCACAGACGCGCCGGGCGGCUCGUCCUCUGCGCCGACACCGAAGCGACAACGAUCCCAAACCGAGCCCGUAUACAUCGACUUGACGACAAGCAGCGAAGCCGGUGGCCAGCCUCAAGCCGCAUCCGGCCAUCAACCGCAAGUCGAUCCCGGGUCUUCCGCCAACCCGUCCCAAAUGUCAAUCGAACACCAGGUGGAGCGUCUGAUUGAAGGAUACAUUAAGGGCGUUCCCCGCCAAGUUUACGGCAAAAAGGGAAAGUACUAUGUAGUUUGGAAUGGACUCAAAUGUGGCAUAUUUACAAACUGGCCCGAGGUCCAGGGAUCUGUCAAAGGAUUCUCGGGCCAAGGGUUUAAGGACGGCAUUAUCCACACCAGUACCAAGGAGUUCGAUCAUGCCGUGGCCCUUCUUCGCAAUGGGCUUAAGCAAAAGCUCGAGAUGCAUAAUGCAGCGCAUCGUCCUCAGCAGUCACUCCGAGAGCAACCUCAAGCCACACAUCAACGCACGCCUCAACACACCCCUGCCGCCUCCAACAGCGCCGCCGCAAACCCCGUCGCUACCACUGCAGUCGCGGGAGAGCCUCAAAGUGGCAAAUUGGAGCCCGUACCAGACCCUCGAGAGCCUCCUCUUUGCAAGGAACAGCAAGGGGCAAUGGACCUCGCCAUGGCUGGUCACAACCUGUUCAUCACUGGCUCCGGCGGAUGCGGCAAAUCCGUCCUCGUCAAAGCUCUUCAGAAUAGUUUCAAGGCCUCGAGGAAAACAGUCCACCUAAUCGCGCCUACUGGCCUCGCUGCUCUCAAUAUCAAUGGCAGGACGGCGUUCAAUUACGCUGGUUGGGUGCCUGACAAUAUGAGGAAGACCUUUGACUUCAUCAAAAAAAAGUCAAGAGGCGACCGCAUCUUUAAGCGUUUCCGCAUAACGGAUGUACUCAUUAUUGAUGAGAUCAGCAUGGUUGAGAACCGAUUUUUUCAACGACUGGGUGACAUUAUGAGACAUGUCCGAGGCAUAUCUGCAAAACCAAGACCUGGAGAAGUACAGGUUCGAGAAGAAGACCAGAUCAAAGGGGAUGUUGGGGGCGCAUUUGGGGGUGUUCAAAUUAUUGUGGUUGGCGACUUUUGCCAGUUACCACCUGUCAGACCUUUCCAGCACUGCACGGACUGUGAAAGAGAGAUGGCGCGGGAUAAGUCGGAGACGACGACUUUAUACUCCUGUCCUCGAGGGCACCAGAACUUUCAGGAUAACGACAAAUGGGCAUUCAAAUCUGUCGAGUGGAAAAGAUGCAGGUUCAAGUACGUGCAUCUGAAGAUGAUCCAUCGCCAGAAGGAUGAAGAGUUUGUCGGUAUCCUGCAAAAGUGUCGCUUAGGCAAGAUCCUCGAUAAGAGCGACAUCACCACCCUUCUCGAACAUUGCACUGAAGUCGAGAACGGGACUCGAUUAUACAGCCUUCGAUACCAAGUCGACGCGCGCAAUGCAGCGGAACUUCGAAGGCUGCCCGGCAAGUCAAUAAACUAUCGGUGCCUCGAUGGAUAUAAGCCCGAGACAUAUGAUGUGGAUGAUAGGUUUGAUCCUACAAUAUCAAUGUUUACAAUACCAGAGAGCGCGUCCAACUUCCUCAAAGACCACCGUUAUGCUAGCCGCUUAGAGCUCAAGAUUAACAUGCCUGUCAUUCUACUCGCAAACUUAGACCUAGUCGCAAAGCUUUGCAACGGCAGUCAAGGCAUCAUUCGUGACUUUUGGCCGCGUGUUAAGCUCGAUCCGCCUGCUGAGCCACAGGGACAUAAUUACGAAGGAGACCCUGAAGGGUAUCGCCGCGCCAUGGAAAGAUAUCGCCAAACAAAAUAUUUUCUGGAAGCGAGCAACGCGCCUGUCAUGUUUCCCGAGGUCGAGUUCAGCGAUGGCACACGCCGCGUCAUCGGCCCAGAUUGCACUGUCAACGAGAUAGGUGACAAAGGCCCCAGAUUUUAUUCCAUGUUGUCGAGGGUGCAGAUACCUCUCGCUCCAGGGUGGGCCAUGACCAUCCACAAGAGCCAGGGCAUGACACUGGAUCGCGUAAUCGUAGAUCUGGGCUCCGUCUUUGAAAAGGGACAGGCCUAUGUAGCGAUGAGUCGCGCCCGGUCUCUGAAGGGGCUGAAAAUAGAGAAUACCACCAGAGAUGGGCUUCAGCAGGGGCUUCAGCUUGACCCGGAGGUGCGGGAUUUCAUGGAGAAGCUUGACGGUAUAGGGAAGGCGGAGUAG